GGUCAGGAGAUGCGACAUGGCCCUUGUAGGGCCCUCCCCAAUCUCUGAUGUUAACAGUUUUGCCAGGGCUUUGUACAAUUCCUUGGCUGCCCCACACGCUAUCACUGUCCUGCCCCCUGUUCCAUCCCUCCAGCAGCCCUUGCCGUGGAGCUGCCGGAUGCUGUGAGUGAGCACUGGCCACUGCAGGCUUUUGGGGUCCUGCAGGAGAGAGAGCACAGCACUGAGGUUUGGUGGAAGAGUGAUGCUGCAUCUCUGCUGGCCCUCGAAGGACAGCUCUGUGGAGUCUGGGGAGUGAAGAGGAGCUGGCUGAUUAGCAUGUGGUGGGGCAUGCUGCUCUGGGGACCUGCCCCCCUCAGCCAGGGCUCAGGGCUGGCAGCUGCAGUGGGCCAGUGGAGGUGCCAUGUGUUGCCUUCCUCCAGUGGCCUGCGGACCCCCAUGGGAGGGUGUGAGUGCUUUCUCUGGUUAGGGACCUGUCCAGUGCCAGGUGAUAAAUGAGUGCUGUGGCACCGGGGAGAAGGAAGUGGUUUCUAUUCGUGGCUGUCCCCUCCCGGUCCCCAGCUGUUGGGUGCUGCCCUGCGCUGGCAUGUUUGUUCUGGUUGUGACUGUGCUCACUCUUCCCCUAGAUGUGUCCCUGCAGGCAACCAGGAUGUCCCAGCCUUUCCCCAUCACCUCCACCCACCUGGCUGGUGGCAGGACAGGAGCAGGAUGCAGACGAUUGAGUCAACUGCCUGGUCAGGAUGAGCUGGAGUUUCCUGACGCGGCUCCUGGAGGAGAUCAACAACCACUCGACCUUCGUGGGCAAGAUCUGGCUGACUGUCCUCAUUGUCUUCCGCAUCGUGCUGACAGCCGUGGGGGGAGAGUCCAUCUACUACGACGAGCAGAGCAAGUUUGUCUGCAACACGCAGCAGCCAGGCUGUGAGAACGUCUGCUACGACGCCUUUGCGCCCCUGUCCCACGUCCGCUUUUGGAUCUUCCAGAUCAUCAUGGUGGCGACGCCAUCGGUGCUCUACCUGGGCUUUGCCAUGCACCGCAUCGCUCGCAUGCCUGAGUCCUCGCGGCGCCGGACACCGCCAGCCCGGCGGGCACGCAUGCCAGUAGUGCGCCGGGGAGCCGGGCGAGACUACGAGGAGGCAGAAGAUGACAACGAAGAAGACCCCAUGAUCUUUGAGGAGAUCGAGGUGGAGAAGGAGAAGAGCCCAGAGGGCGGAGAGAAGCAUGAUGGCCGGCGCCGUAUCAAGCAGGACGGGCUGAUGCGUGCCUAUGUCCUGCACUUGCUGUGCCGCUCAGUGCUGGAGAUGGUUUUCCUCUUCGGGCAGUACCUGUUGUACCGCUUUGAGGUGAGCCCCUCCUACGUCUGCAGCCGCAGCCCCUGCCCACACACUGUCGACUGCUUUGUCUCCCGCCCCACUGAGAAGACCAUCUUCCUCCUCAUCAUGUAUGCCGUCAGCGGGCUCUGCCUCUUCCUCAACCUCUGCGAGCUCUUGCACCUUGGCGUGGGGCGCAUCCGUGAUGCCCUGAGCCAGGCUGGCGGCCCCCCGCUCCCAACCAGCGACAGCCCUGCACCGCAGUACCCCAAGAAAGCCCCCAGCGCCCCACCCACCUAUCACUCGCUGAAGAAGGAGCUGCCGCAAGCCCCGCUGACCAACGGCAAGCUGGACUACCGGGACAGCCUGGCCCAGGGGCGCUUCGCCCUGGCUGGGGCUCCCCCGGUGCACGAGCUGGACCGGCUGCGUGAGCACCUGCGUCUGGCCCAGGAGCACCUGGAGGUGGCUUUCCACCUCCAGCCCCCGCCGCGGCCCCCCAGUCCUGCCCGCAGCAGCAGUCCCGAGGCCAAUGGCAUCGCCGCCGAGCAGAACCGCCUCAACCUCGCCCAUGAGAAGGGGACGGCCGCCUGCGACAGGACCACGGGGCUGUGAGUGCCACCAGGGACAGCAGCGGUGUCUGCCGGAGUGGCUGCCACCGCCACCAUGGAUAGGCGUCCUGCCAGGAGCACAGGGCAAAGGAUGCCACACGCCUGCCCAGCGGGGCACUCUGGGUAGCCCUGUCCCGGUGGGCAGCAGAGGGGUCGGGAACCGUGGGGUUCAUUCCUACUUAAUUCUCAAAAAGGGAAUAUCUUAUUUUUGUACGUUUUUAUAAACUCAUCAACAUGUGCACCCUGGCAUUUUUAUACUCAACUCUGGGCCUGUGCCCCCCCCACUCCUGUUUCACCCAUCUUCCCCACCAUGUUGUCCUCACACUUCCCUGUGCCCCUGUGCCCUCUGCCACCUGUGGCAGCACCGGCUGGUGCUGUGCCUGUGCUGGUGAUUUUGGUAGCGCCCCCUGAGAUGUGGGGGACUUAGGGGAGCAGGCUGGGGGUCUGGCUGGCCGGGCCAAGCUGUGGGACAGAGUGCUGGGCUGGCAUUACUCUUGGAGGGGGCAGGAGGGGUUCUGGUGGCACUGUGCUGCCAGAAAGUGACUUUGUGGACUGGGGGGCCAUGCUGCACAGCAUCCUGGCUUGGGGCUAUGAGUUGCGGGGCUGGCCUGCUUGGAAAUGUCUGUGCAGAGGUCAGGGGCCGUCCUUCCCACUGCCUCCACCCUGUCCUGGCAGGCUGCCCUUGGACCAAAACUUGUCUCCUCCCACUCUGGCUGCCGGGCUGGGACCCCUGCACAGAGCCAGACCCUGGCUUCACAGUGUGGGGACGUGGUGCCCCGAGCUGGGCUCGGCCGGGAGCCAGUGGAGCAUUCCUCAUCAUCUCAGCCUGGGUCACAUGGGGACUUUUGUAGCAUUGUUUUUUACUUGGAAAUGAUCGUCACUCUGUUUUUCUUUUUUUUUAUAUCUAUAUUAGUAAAGGCUGAAGACGUUUUGUACUGAACUGCUGCAUCCGCU